GAACCAUCACUUGGGUUGGACCUCUUUUCUUCUUAGGAGCAUUUGCAUUUGACGGGAUGGUGUCAAGGACAUGGCAAAGGUUGCCUCCAGUGCCAAAAGUUUCUGUUGAAGAUGGAACUAGAAGGGGCUUAUCGAGCAUUCGUCUGUGGAAUGUGGUUGCUUCAAAUAUUAAAAUUGAGGAUUCUAUUAGGGAAUGGUUUGGAACAAAGAAUGCAUUUGACAAGAUUAGAUGCUGUGGUUGUUCAAUUGGAUCUGUUGAUGGCUGCCUCUAUGUCUUGGGUGGAUUUUGUGGGGCUGCGGCCCUGAACUGCAUCUGGCAUUAUGAUCCAAUUGUAAAUUGUUGGAGUGAAGUGACUCCUAUGUCUAUUGCCAGAGCAUAUUGUAAGACUAGUGUCUCGAACAAUAAACUUUACGCUGUUGGAGGUGCUACUCGUGGACGAGGUGGAUUGAGUCCUCUUCAGUCAGCUGAAGUAUUUGAUCCUUGCACUUGCAUGUGGUCUGAAGUACCAAGCAUGCCAUAUUCAAAAGCUUAG